AUGCCUCUUCUUAACCUGACAGAAGAUGACCUCCCAGACAUCUCCGUGUCGCCGACCCCAUCCUUCUCCUCCUCAGUCUACACAUCCCUUUCUUUGUCCAACUGCUCCGUCGCUCCAGUUCCGCCUUCCCCGCCGUAUAACUUUUACGCCGUACUGCUGGUCUUGCUGAUCUUCUGCGUUGUCUUUGGGAACGUGCUGGUGUGUGUGGCCGUGUCGCGUGAGCGCGCCCUCCAGACCACCACUAACUACCUCAUCGUCUCCCUGGCCGUGUCCGACCUGCUGCUGGCCACGCUGGUCAUGCCCUGGGGAGUUUACCUGGAGGUGGUUGGUGAAUGGCGGUUCAGUCGUAUCCACUGUGACAUCCUCCUCACUCUUGAUGUCAUGAUGUGCACGGCCAGCAUCUUAAACCUGUGUGCCAUCAGCAUCGACAGGUACACUGCUGUGGCCAUGCCUUUGCUUUAUAAUACCAGGUAUAGUUCCAGAAGAAGAGUCGCUCUAAUGAUCGCUGUAGUCUGGUUUUUAUCUUUCGCCAUCUCCUGCCCUCUACUGUUCGGUCUCAAUAACACAGCGAGUCAGGAAGGACGGAAUUGCAGUUUUGAUGACCCUGCCUUUGUUGUUUAUUCAUCUGUGGCCUCCUUCUACGUGCCCUUCAUAGUCACGCUGCUGGUGUAUGCGCAGAUCUGCGUGGUACUGCGCAGACGAGGCAGGCGCACGGCUCCACCUCGCAGACACGGACUCCAUCCAGACACUGUAGAUGGACAUAGACACCAGAAGAAUAAAUGCACACACCCUGAGGAUGUGAAGUUGUGUACUCUGAUAGUGAAGCCUGCCUCAGUACCUCCCCAACGUAAAAAAGUGACUCUGGUGAAGGAGGCAGUGGUGCACCCCAUUGAGGUGGAGCCUGUGUGUUUCUUGCCCCAGAAAGAGCAGGGGUUACAGCAACAAGCUGGACGGGGCAAGAUUUCUCUCUCUGUUUCCGUGGCGCCCAGCCCCACUCUGCCCUGCUCCACCCGCUCUGCCCUGGCCCCCCGCCGGGCUACCUUUCAGGGAGGGGUGAAUGGACGUGAGGGCUGGAGGGGAAGGAAUGGAGAACGGGAGAAAGAAGGAGCGGUGAAGGAGAGAGUUCGGGGAAGGUUGUCACAGCAGAAAGAGAGGAAGGCAACUCAGAUGCUGGCAAUAGUUUUAGGUGUUUUCAUCAUCUGCUGGAUGCCUUUUUUCCUCACCCACGUGCUGAAGGCUCACUGUGGCAGUUGCUGUAUAUCCCCUUCGCUUUACAGCGCUGUCACCUGGUUGGGUUACCUCAACAGCGCCGUCAACCCUGUUAUCUACACCACCUUCAACAUUGAGUUUCGCAAAGCCUUCAUCAAGAUCCUGCACUGCUGA